GAAGAUGUCGACGUAGAGGCGCGACUCCGUGGUCGACGACGGCGGUUGAAAUCGAUCGGACCAAUCGCAACAUCCGUUCGCAACGGACGAUAAUAGAAUAGACUAGCAAGGGAAAAACAGGCAAAACGUCGAUACGCAGUCCUGCAGCCCUCCUUUACAGCGAUUGUGUUCCAGCUCCGUUGAGUCUGCCUGUUGGAAAAUAUUGUUGUUUCUCGAAGACUUUUGCGACAGAUUCACGAAGCUAUUUCAAAAUGGGUAAUGAAAGUUCGCUGCCUAUGGAACUCUGUUCAAACUUCGAUGUAGAUGAGAUUAGAAGAUUGGGGAAAAGAUUUCGGAAGCUAGACUUGGAUAAUAGCGGAGCACUCAGCAUCGAUGAGUUUAUGUCCCUGCCUGAGUUACAACAAAACCCGUUAGUGCAGCGUGUAAUUGACAUAUUUGAUGCAGAUGGCAAUGGAGAAGUAGAUUUUAAAGAAUUUAUUCAUGGAGUGUCUCAAUUCAGCGUUAAGGGUGACAAAGAGAGCAAAUUACGAUUUGCAUUUAGAAUUUAUGAUAUGGAUAAUGAUGGUUACAUAAGCAAUGGAGAGCUUUUCCAAGUACUAAAAAUGAUGGUAGGCAAUAAUUUGAAAGAUACACAAUUGCAGCAAAUUGUUGAUAAAACAAUACUGUUUGCUGACAAAGAUGAAGAUGGUAGGAUUAGCUUUGAAGAAUUUUGUUCUGUUGUUGGCAAUACAGAUAUUCAUAAGAAAAUGGUAGUUGAUGUUUAAGUGACCAAAAUUUGUGAAAAACUUAAUUUCUAAAACGUGGUAUGUUAAUUGAAAUCUAUAAAUUAAUAAUCUAUUAACAACAGAUUUAUGGGAUAGUUCUAACAGAGAUCUGUUUAGAGUGAACUUACACAAUUAUUGUUCUUAAGUCUUUGAUCAUUACAAGUCUAUCCAAAUGAAAAAUUUUCAUGGUAUGCCAGACUAAUUUAGUGUGGCACAUGAAUGUUAGAUCUAUGUGAUACAGUCAUUUUGGUGUCGUUAAAGAUAACCUGGAACCCAAAUUAUCUUGAGCGUUCCAUUAAAAAUAAAGACCAGCAAUGUGAUCUUAUAAUUAACAACCUUUAACUGACAUAUUAAGUUAUUUAAUGCUGCAUGGUUUCCAAGAUUUUCUUCGAAAAUUUGUGGCAGAGUCAGUCUUCUCAGCGCCUGUCGAAAAGGAUUUUCAGACAUAUAGAUGCACUUUGUUCCUUUUAAUAAUUCUCCGUGGAAAAGCACGAAAGUAAAAUCAAAUCGCAUUAUUAAUAUAAUCAUCAUACCAUGAAACCUAUUAUAUUUCCGUCAUUGUUCAAAAAGUAAUUGUUAAUAUCUUUGACGUUUUAAUAUCGUUAAAGAUUUCAUUCGUCGGCGAGUUCUUAAGAAUAUUUACUUUUAAACUAAUAUCUUAAUAUAUUAAUAUUCAUAAGUAUUAAUAUAUUAAUAUUUUGAAAAAGUUACAAACAUUUAGAUAAGCCAACUAUUAAAAUGUAUUUAUGUUAUAUAAUAAACAAUCACGAAUUGUGCAUUCGGAAUAUAUAGUGAAGCGGAGUUUUGCGAAGUUACAUAAAAUAUUAAUUUUAUCAACCUAUGAGUCUACUUGGUUAGCCUUUGUGUGUAUAAGAUGUGUGUGUAUAAACUGUAUGUUGGUAUUGAAUUGUCAAUUUGGAAUUUUCGAA